CCAACUCGUUAUUUAAAAAAGAAAGGAAAAAAAAAAAAAAAGAGGCAAACUCGGUUUUAGCGUGGGUUUAAUGAUUUUUGGCUCUCUGCCGCCAUCAGCGCCUGUCUCGCCACUCUUACUCCUUUGAAGUCCUCCUUCCUAAGUCUCUCACUGUCCGUAGAAAUCCAAGCAGUAGAGCUAUAAGAUCGAUUUCAACAGGUGCUGUAGCUUCCUUAGGAAGAUUUGAAGCUUUGAUUGAAAUUCAGAUUGUCAGUGUCUGAUAAAGCAAUGGCUCGUAUACCAAAUAAAAAGAGGAAGAUGUUUGUGAAGCCAAUAGUGAAAAAGAAGCAGGCCAAUGUGGAUCAUAUCACUGGUGAUAAGAUACCUAAGAGCUUUGUUUUUGCGAGAGGAAAGUUGCCUGGCUCUCUCAGGCAACUUCAGAUGGACUUGAGGAAGUUGAUGCUUCCCUACACUGCUCUCAAGCUUAAGGAGAAGAAACGGAAUAAUCUCAAAGACUUCUUGAAUGUUGCUGGGCCUAUGGGUGUUUCUCAUUUCCUUAUAUUGUCAAAAACUGAAACUGCACCAUAUUUGAGGGUUGCAAGGACCCCACAAGGCCCAACUCUUACGUUUAAGAUACAUGAGUAUUCAUUGGCAGCUGAUGUUGCUCAAUCUCAAUUGCACCCUAGAUGUCCGCAGGAUCUUUUCAAAAAUGCCCCUUUGAUUGUUCUUUCUGGUUUUGGGUCUGGAGAACAACAUUUAAAACUCACAACUGUAAUGUUUCAGAAAAUCUUUCCAGCCAUUGAUAUUAAUACUGUCAAACUUUCUUCUUGCCAGAGAAUAGUGUUACUUAAUUACAACAAAGACACAAAACUUAUUGAUUUCCGGCAUUAUUCCAUCAAACUCCAGCCUGUAGGUGUCUCCCGUAGACUCAGAAAGUUUGUGCAGAACCGCCAAGUUCCUGAUCUUAGAAAUCUCCAAGAUGUGAGCGACUUUGUCACUAAGGCUGGUUAUGGAUCAGAAAGUGAAGGAGAUGAUGAAGCGGCGACAGUAACUUUGGCUAAUGAUCUUGGUAGAGUUAAUAAAGCUUCUACAAAAAGCGCUGUGAAGCUCCAGGAGAUUGGACCCAGAAUGGUUCUUCAACUUGUUAAGAUUGAGGAAGGAUUAUGUUCUGGUGAUGUCAUCUUCAGUGAAUAUGGAACUGCAAGUGAGCAAAGGCAGGAAACGAAUCAGAACAAUGAGGAAGAUGCUGGAGAUGAUGAAGAUAGCGACUAGUCAAGUCAGCAAAUUGAGUGAUCGGCAGUAAACAUUUGAUGUCACUUGGUGGUGAUUAUGGGUGGGUGUUCCUAACUCAAAGGUGCCCGAAUGAGAGGAUGCUAAUUUGGAAAAAUUUUGUUAGUUUUGUGGCAGUGGCACCACGCAUUUUAUUUUUUGUUUUGUUCAAGUUAUAACAGGUGAAAGGUUUUUUUUCUCUCACUUCAAAGAAAGUUGUAAUUGGUGUUGCUCUCA